AUGAUCGAGAUGGAGCUGGAUUCAUUUGAAUCCAUCAAGACCGGUGCUGCCAAUUUCCUAUCAAGGUCCUCAACCCUCAAUGUGCUCACUUGCACCGCUGGCGUUAUGGCUUGCCCCGAAGGCAUGACGAAGGACGGAUUCGAGACCCAAUUCGGUGUUAACUAUCUGGGACAUUUCUUGUUGUUCCAGCUCCUGAGAAAUGCUCUGAAAAGUUCGAGUUCUCCGAGUUUUGCUUCGCGUGUGGUGACGCUGUCUAGUUGUGCCCAUAGAGGCGGCGGAGUUCGAUUCUCCGAUUACAACUUCAAGAAGGAGCCUUACAAUGCGGGGACUGCGUAUAGCCAAGCCAAGACCGCUGAUAUAUACCUCGCUACUGAGAUCGAGCGACGAUAUGGCAGAGAUGGUAUCCACGGGCUCCCUAUACAUCCUGGCUUCAUUCGUACACCUCUCGUGCGACAUGUCGAGAAGGUACCAGAGGGCAAGCAGUUUAUCGAGAACCCGGAAGCUCUACAUAUUUGGAAAUCUCCCGAACAAGGCGCUGCAACGACUGUGUGGGCUGCUGUCGGGAAGGAGUGGGAGGGUAGAGGUGGGAGAUACCUCGAGGACUCACAAUGGCAUUGUAACUUGAGACAUCCAUCUUGA